AUGGAUCUGAAUGUGUUUUUCCUGUUACUGCUGUCAGGAACCUUUGGCAUCUCCUCCUCUGCUCUUCAACAGUACUACUAUGUGAAUGUUAAAAAGAGUUGGUUGGAGGCUCAGAGUUACUGCAGGGCGACUUACAUUGAUCUGGCUACUGUUGGCAGCAUGGAGGAUAUGAACAGGCUGAAAGCAGCAGUGGAUCCAGCAUAUACAGGUGCCGUGUGGAUUGGACUGAAGAGGUACUGGGUCAUGUCUUCAGGGGCGAAUAUAUCUGCUUAUUCUAACUGGGUCUCAACAGAACCAGUUGAAGGAAAUGUGGAAGCAGCAUGUGGCGUGUUUACAUCACAAGGAUGGCAAAGCUCGUCCUGCUCCUCAAUGUUGUACUUUGUCUGCUUUGACGAUCGAGAUGGUGCCAAAGAUAAAUUCGUCCUAAUAAACUCCAACAUUACUUGGACACAAGCCCAGACCUACUGCAGCCAGCACCACACAAACCUCGCCAGCAUCCAUAACGCACAAGAGCAGCAGCAAGUUCUUAACAUUGUUGGGAACAGCACCAGUGCAUGGUUUGGCCUGAUCUCCGGGCAGUGGUCUGAUGAAGGAUUCUCCACGUUCCGGUAUUGGGCAAAUGAACAUGCUUUAGAUUCAAUUUCUAUUGAGAAAUGUGCUGCCAUGAUGUCUGAUUCUGGGAAGUGGACUCCAAGUCAAUGUAACCUCCAAAAUCCAUUCGUUUGCUAUGGAGGAAUUAAGCCUCUUGCUCGCCAUUACUACUUUGUAAGCGAAUCAAAGUCAUGGACCGAGGCUCAGACUUACUGCAGAAAGAGAUUCACUGAUCUAGCUACUGUAGACAGUGUUGAAGAUAUGAGCAGUCUGAUGAAAGCUGUGGUUGCUGGUUAUAGUGGUUAUUGGAUCGGACUAACGCAAGCGGGACAACAACACUGGGGCUGGUCUACGGGAGAUGAGAUACUGUCCAAUUUCAGUAACUGGGAUGCAGGAAGGCCAAAUGGUAAUGGAUGGUGUGCAUUUACUGUCGAUGGAGUGUGGCGUGAUUACGAUUGCGGAGUAGCUCUGCACUUCGUGUGCUACUAUGGGGGCACUGGCAGUUACAUCUUGGUACAAACUUCCAAAAACUGGUAUGAUGCUCAGACUUACUGCAGAACGACCUACACUGACCUGGCCAGCAUUCGUUCUCCUUGGGAGCAGAAGCAGGUGACCAGCCUUGUGACUAAAGGGGUCUCUAUCUGGGUCGGCUUGUUCUCAGGCACCUGGCAAUGGUCUGACCAGUGGAGCCUCUUAUUUAGAAACUGGGCAUCAGGACAGCCAAGCUCGGGUGCUGGUAGUUGUUCUGUUUUAGUAAUGGGUGAUUCUGGGAAAUGGAUUGCUGACAACUGCAAUCGGUGGUACCCUUUCAUCUGCUAUAUAGAGGCGGACAGGGAAAAGAAAAAGCAGAUUGUGAAGGUGACGGUGUCCUCAAAUGGAAAAUCAGAUCUAAAUGACCCCCUCGUGAAGGCUGCACUCUUAAAUGAGAUUGAGAAACAACUGAAAAGGCAAGGAAUGGCUAAUAAUACCAAACUGAGCUGGAGACAGAAGAGUAAUACCAAAGUGUUCACUCUGGAACCAAAAAAGUGAUUAAAAAUUGAAGAAAGUUCUGCAGAAAUAUUGCACACAUUUAAAUUCUGCAAGUUUUUACA